ACUGUAGUUGUCAGGACCCGCGGGACGGGGAGAGGCGUAUGCCUGGGUGCCGCCUGUUCUCUUGCCUUCAUUUCCCAUCGUGCUGAGGUGGGUGGCAUGGCGGAGAAGGAUGACACCGGAGUUUGACGAAGAGGUGGUUUUUGAGAAUUCUCCACUCUAUCAGUACUUACAGGAUUUGGGACACACAGACUUUGAAAUAUGUUCUUCUUUGUCUCCGAAAACAGAAAAAUGCAUGACAGAGGGACAACAAAAACCUCCUCCAAGAGUCCUACCAAAACAGGGCAUCCUGUUAAAAGUGGCUGAAACCAUCAAAAGUUGGAUUUCUUUUUCUCAGUGCAGUAAGAAAGAUGACUUACUUCAUAAAUUGGAUACUGGAUUUCGACUCGACUCACUGCAUACCAUCCUGCAACAGGAAGUUCUUUUACAAGAGGAUGUGGAGCUAAUCGAGCUACUUGAUCCCAGCAUCCUGUUUGCAGGCCAAGUUCAACAACAGAAACAUGGACACCUUCCAACGCUCUGCUCCCUGGCAACCCCUAAUAUUUGGGACGUCUCGGUGCUGUUUGCCUUUAUCAGCUUGCUCAUUAUGCUUCCCACCUGGUGGAUUGUAUCUUCCUGGCUGGUGUGGGGAGUUAGUCUGUCUGUGUAUUUGAUCACACGAGCUUUGAGAUUAUGGAGGACAGCCAGACUACAAGUGACCCUAAAAAAAUACAGCGUCCGUUUGGAAGACAUGGCAGCAAACAGCCGCGCGUUUACUAACCUUGUGAGAAAAGCUUUACGUCUCAUUCAAGAAACCGAAGUCAUUUCCAGAGGAUUUACACUUUUGCUUGACAGGGUCAGUGCUGCUUGCUCAUUUAAUAAAGCUGGCCAGCAUUCCAAUCAGCAUCUCGUUGGCCUUCGGAAAGCCGUCUACAGGACUGUGAGCGCCAACUUCCAAGCGGCAAGGCUGGCCACCCUGUGCAUGCUGAACAACUACCCCCUGAACGCCGAGAGUGACAAUGUCACCAACUACAUCUGUGUGGUGCCUUUUAAGGAGCUGGGCCUGGGACUCAGCGAAGAGCAGAUCUCGGAAGAGGAAGCACAUCGCCUCACAGACGGCUUCGCCCUGCCUGCCCUGAAGGUUCUGUUUCAGCUCUGGGUGGCGCAGAGCUCCGAGUUCUUCCGGCGCUUGGCCCUGCUGCUCUCCACCGCCAACUCCCCUCCGGGCCCGGAGCUCACGCCUGCUCGCUUGCCGCACGGCCUGCUGUCGGAUGUGACUCGGGGCCUGCCCCACGCGCAUGCCGCCUGCCUGGACGAGCUGCGGCGCAGCUACGAGUUCCACCGCUGCUUCGAGACGCAGCCCCGCGCCGCAACCCCGCGCUCCGCCCGGGCCCCGCAGUCGCGGGAGCUGAGCCGCGUCCACACUGCCGUGCGCAGCCUGCAGCUCCACCUGAAAGCGCUGCUCAAUGAGGUAAUAAUUCUUGAAGAUGAACUUGAGAAGCUUGUUUGUACCAAAGAAACUCAAGAACUAGUGUCAGAGGCUUAUCAAAUCCUAGAACAGAAAUUAAAGUUGAUUGAGCCCCAUGUUCACGCAAGCAAUAAUUGCUGGGAAGAGGCCAUUUCCCAGGUGGACAAACUGCUGCGAAGGAAUCCAGACAAAAAAGGCAAGCCUGAAACAGCAUGUGAAAAUCCACACUGUGCCACAGCACCUCUGAUGGAGCCCACUCUGCACAUCGUGGACAAAGAUCCAAUCCCGGAGGAGCAGGAAUUAGAAGCUUACGUGGAUGAUAUAGAUAUGGACAGUGAUUUGCGGAAGGAUGAUUUUUUUUACUUGUCUCAAGAAGACAGAGAGAGACAGAAGCGGGAGCAGGAAGAGUCCAAGCGGGUCCUGCAGGAGCUGAAGUCCGUGCUGGGCUUCAAAGCCUCUGAGGCAGAGAGGCAGAAGUGGAAGCAGCUCCUGUUUAGCGAGCACGCUGUGUUGAAACCCUUGUGUCCUGUAGACCCAGUGGAAGCCCUAAGUAACUCAGAGCCACCAGUGAGUUCAGAUUUGGGAAAAGUCAGUCAAAAUGAUGCCGAAGUGGAAACUAGUAAGCCCUCCGUCCCCUACAGUGCACUAAGUAGGACUGAGCUCGAGUGCAGGACCCCCGCGGAGCAGGAGAGCCCGGCCAGUCCUGCCGGCGAGGUCCCCCCGGAAGGAGUGGAAGAGAGAGUGCCCCCUCAGUGCGCCAGCGAGGCCGAAGCGCAGCCAGUGGCCCCACGCACCCUGCGGCAGCGACAGCGACUCGCUCAGCUGCAGCUAUCCCCCGAGUUCACCUUCACUGCCGGCCUCGCGGCAGAGGUGGCCGCCCGGUCUCUGUCCUUCACCACCAUGCAGGAGCAGACUUUCGGCGAUGAGAAUGAGGAACAGCUGAUGGAGGAAAACCAGGAAGAGCUGGAAGGACAGCAGGAGCCCGGGUGCACUUGAAGCCAGCUGAGAUGGUUCCUUCCCAGUGUUCUGGCUCCGAGACUGGAAAGGGGCGUGAGUGAGUUUGCUCUAUGCAGGCUUUCGGUGUGAAUUUGCAGGAAGAACCCUGGUGUGAACAGCUGGCCUGAGAUUAGUAGUUACCUGUAAAUGACAAAUCUUGUAGGAGAAUCAGAAAAAGGUAAGGGCUCCUUUGCAUAAACUGGUAUUUUAUUGUGGCACAGCUGAUAAUCUUGGUAACCCUGUCGGUACUUUUAAUAAGGAAUGAAUUUACCAUUUCUUGGCAGGUCUCACUGUUCUGAGUGACCAGGACAAUGCUCUGGCAAGAGCAUGACCGUUUAGUAUGACUCCUCUGUACUGUUCCCUUGCAGUUAAGAACUUGUAGCUAUUAUGUUCUCGAGUUGUUUGUAUCUAAUUUUUUGUUUAUACCAGUCUUCAAGCAAGACACGGGCUCUGAAUAAAAAAAUGAAUUCCUAUAA